UGGUAGACCUCGAGUACAAGCGAUCAGAACUCUCGCUGAUUAUGCACAGUGUUUGAGUAGCAAGAUAAAUUGUCACCAGGAUCCUAAUCUAUAUACAGCUAAACAAGAUUUCAGCUCUACUCCAUCUCCGUUUUCUACACCAAGUAGCAGUACAUCUGCCAAUAACAAUGCUGAUGGUAGGCCGUCAGUGAUUGGUUGGACAGAUAUGCGUCACCGUGGUGAUGGAAGAGAUGGUGACACAUCUGCUUCUUCAACAGGGUCGUCUCGUGCCUCCAGUGUUGGUUUAAGUCCUGCAGAAAAUGAACAGAUGGAUUUUGAGGACAUGCAAUCAUUACAGUUUAUACAGAUGACCAUACCACAGUUCUGUGCUCUUGUUUUAGAGAAAUCUCUCCCACUGUUGAAGACAAAUGAUGACGUUAUGUCAACUGAAGCUUUUAAUUUGUUAAAUCACACAUUAGAAAUUAUUGUUGCCAUAGUAACGCCAGAACUUUGGCAGGAUAACACAAUGGCUGCAAGAGACUGUAGUGAGAAGUUCAUAGAAAGUCUUGAUGUACUUGCUGACCUUUUAAAGUACCAUCACCAUAGCAACAUGCCUUAUGACCUUGAGGAGAGUACAGUUGAAGGACCCAGUGAUCUUGUCCAGCAUAGACUAGCUUACAUCGGCCUUUCUGUAUUUCUAGGCAAAUUUCUGAAGUUACUUGUCCCAACAGAAAAGAGCCGAGGAAUUAUAUCAGAAAACCUGUUGUCAGCGAUAAAUAUGAUGGUGUAUGAUGAGUGCCUUAGUAAUGCACUUCCUGACCUCCAAGUUCUGUUGCUAGGGUACAUAAAACAGCUGGAUGAAGGAAGAUACAACGUUUAUGUUUCCACAGCAACCAUUUGUCAAUCACUGCAGAAGACAUGUAAAUUUUUGACUCUGUGCCAAGAAGAGGCUUCCAGACUGUCCAAGGACACCCUGGCUAUGUGUGAGGGAGCAUUUAUAUGUUUACCAUACCAUCGACACCUUAACUAUGUUACAGAAAUUAUCAAGCUGUGCUCUGACGUUUCUUGUCUUCUUCAUUCAAGAUGCUCCAAGUCACAGCAUUAUGAGACAUUGCAGAACUGCUACAGGAAAUUGGUGUUGAAAUGUUUAUCUCACCCUGUAGAUAAGCUUAGACUGCAUGCCUAUACUACUGUGUUACAUAUUGUACAGGCUCAGCUAAGUGUAUCAAAGGCUUCAGAUCCUUCAUCAACAUCAUGUUUGAAAGUGAAAUUCAUCAUCAAUGCUGACAUACUGUACGAGAUUGUUGUGUUUGGUUUGGCUGACAAAGAUGCCAAGGUAGCAAGCUGUGCAACAGACAUUAUGUGUCACUUGUUGAAGAGUCAGUUACUGAUGUCAACAGAGAUGUGGCAGGCAUUCCUACAGUCUCUCAUGCGAGGGUUGCCCAUACUGCAGAAUAUGGCCUCAGUAACUUCCACAUUCAUUUGGAUUAUAUUCCGUGCACUGAAGCGCGCCUAA